UUAGAUAUUUACGAGAAAGGUCAAAGGUUUCCGCGAUUUGCCCGCGCAAAGCGAGGUGGUGUACAUAACCACAAAUAACAAGACUAUUAACCUGUAGAUCUGUAGAUUUGCAGAGUGUACAGCGUGCACUAUACAGUUUAAUAUUGAAUAGUGUUUUUGUCUCACACUUUUUUCAGAAAAAUGCCACGGAAAAAGACCACUGCCAAAAGGAAUGCAUCAUCAAGUCAAAGUGACGACAUUCCUGAACCAGAGUCAACAAACGCUGCAUCUACUAUUUAUGAGUUUAACGUCAAAACAAUUAAAGGUGAAGACGUCUCAUUAGAAAAAUAUAAAGGACAUGUAUGCAUAAUAGUAAACGUUGCGUCUAAAUGUGGGCAUACAAAAUCCAACUAUGAACAGUUCGUUGAAUUACAUGACAAGUAUGCGGACGAAAAAGGAUUAAAAAUUUUGGCAUUUCCUUGUAAUCAAUUUGGUGGACAAGAGCCUGGUGAUUCAGAAAAAAUCUGCCAAUUUGCUGAAACAAGAAAUGUGAAAUUUGAUAUGUUUGAAAAAAUCAAAGUUAAUGGUAAAGAUGCGCAUCCUUUGUGGAAGUUUUUAAAAGAAAAAGUACCUGGACCAAAAGGAAAGGACAUCAAGUGGAACUUUACUAAAUUUAUUAUUGAUGAUGAAGGUGUUCCAGUCGAAAGACACUUAUCCAGUGUUAAACCCCUGACUCUCGUUGAUUCUCUGGAAAAAUUGUGGUAGUUAUAUAAUACACAUCUUAUCAACAUUUGUAUGAAUCAAAUAAAAGCUUCCAGUGUA